AUGAAGCUCUGCGUCAACAUCCUCCGCCUAGCCCUGUGCGCCGCCGCCGCCGCAGCCUCCGUACACCUGUCAGAAUCCCAGCUGCGUCAAAAUCCCGACACUAUCCCUCUCGCAGAUCUCGAACCCAUCACACCCCUCAAACAGUGCUACAAGUACUGCAUGGACACCCUCAAGUACAAGGUUCACCGAGGCGGAAAGGGAGACUGGAAUUACAUCCGCUGCUUGAAGGCAUGCAAGGAAGAUCCGAACGCCCUUCAAAAGGGACCAAAUCUAUUUAAAUACGCAACCAGCCCCGAACCUUCAGAAAUCAUCUCCCUCAACAUGAAGCUCCCCACCAAUAUCCUCGGUGUUGUCUUGUGCACUGCUAUUGCAGUCACUGCACAGGCACCCGACUCACAGCAAACUCCCGACAUCGAAGUUCCGAAAGCCCAACCCAACAUCGAAGUACUCCGCGAGAAGACUGCCCGCCAGUGUAUCAGAUAUUGUUUCGAUGGUGUCGCCGAAGAAGACGAAGAUCCUGCUGAGUGGGAUAGUGCGAUUAGUUGUGCAUACACAUGCGGCAUCAUGAAGAUCCCAGAUGAUUCCUUGGAAUUCAUGCUUCACUAUGGUUGGGCGACAAAGGGUCUUAGUAGGGCACCCAAAUACUAUGGCAAACGAGCGUCCUGGCUGCGAGACAUUCUCGACGCGGACAGUCAUUCGCCGUCUGCGGGCCACAGCAACCACUACAGACACGUUUUGGAAGAUAUCGAGAACCUGAACAGGCAGUUCACUCUCGAUACGACAGAUGAGAUGGAAGGACGCGGAAGAAAGGGGAACUCCGACGACGUCGUCAAACGAACAGCCGCGCUGCGAGAUGAAUCGCCGUUUGAGUCAAUGCCAGCAAAUGAAUGCACUGAAGCUCUAUCGUUCGGAGAACUCCUUGACAGGGACAGUGAUUCGCCGUCUGCGGACGAGGACGAGGAUGAGUCAUAUGCGGAAUUUCUGAGCAACAUGGAGGAGACCGCCGAGGCUAUCAGUGCCUUGUGGAACACUGAUAAGAUGUAUGUGGUGGAAGUCCCGGUAGAGACGAGUGUAUCAUCAGAGGAUUCCAAGCGAUAUUGGUCGUAA